AUGCCAGUGGUGGAGUUGGAGCGUUUGCUCCUCAUGCGCGAAUUCCAAGAGCUUCUGCACCAAGCACAGCCUGAGCGCCAAUGGAACCUCAAGGAUUGGAUCUUCCAGGAGAAGAUCCCGGCAUCUUUGCUGUGUCAGACCCUGCUGGACGCGAGCUGCCGGGAUUACUUUGUGGACAUGAAAUACAUGGAGCGUGCCAUGGCGAAACUUUGGACGGGACUCAUUGCCAAGACUGCCUGUUGGUUGCCAUGCAUCAUCGAGCGCCGUGUGCUUUGGCAUUCCUGGGAAGGGGACUUGCUGACGCUGGCUGGUUCGGAAACGCAGGAGCUGAAACUUUGUCCGAUACCAACCUUCAACGAUUGGUGGCAGCUGGUCUCAGGUUCCCAUGCUCACGAUCCGCUGAAAGCUCCAAAGUGCCCAAAGCAGGUCCUGGAUCUUGAUGCACGUGAGGUCGGUUACUGCAAGGCGAUUGAAAAGAUCUUGGUCCCAUCCGAUAGAUCAAUCAUUUUGCGCACUGCUUAUCAGCGUGGUGUUCAGAAUUGCGUGCCUGAAUUAUCCAGAGAUGGGCAGGUGUUGAAGCCAGUGGCUGAUGAUGAAGAUGGCGAUGGUGAUGAUUCGGCUGAAGAGGAGGCGGAUGACUUCGACCCCUUCGUUCCUCUUCCGCGCAAGGAACUCCACUCGGUGCGAGUGAUCAAGGACAACUUGACCUUUGGGAUGGUCUCAGAUGCAGCAUGGCUAGAUACAGUGGAGGCAAUGCGUGGAAGAGUGUCGGUUGAGGAGCCGACUCCACCAGAGGAGGACGAGGAUGCCAAACGAGCAGAAGCCCUCCGUGCCGCCCAGGGCAUUGCGGAUGGUGAUGGAGAGGCGGAGGCGGAAGAGCCUGCUGAAGAGGCACCUCAUGAGGAAGACGAAGGAGAACAAGCCGUCAACGUCACAGAGAGGUAUUUGCAAGAAUCCAGAUUCGGAUGCUUGUGGCUUGUCUUCAAGGAUGGAACCAGAUGCACAGUGCGAAUGCACCACGAGAGAUUGUGGUACACGCCAGGCGAUACCUCCUGGGAUGUGUCUUCUUCACGGCCAGGGGUGCAGGUGACCUACACACCUCCUUCUGGUGCUGUGGUUCAAGCCUUCAGUGAUGCUUCGAUCCGCCAAAGCUGGCCUCCACAAAGACUUUUCCCACCGGCUGGACGUGAAGCAGAUGAGAUGCUGCCAGGCCUGGACAUCGAGUUGGCGCGGCUGGUGACUCCCUUUGGCGUCCUGGUCAUCGAGAGGCUCUCUGGGAGAAAAGAUGUGCAUCAUCCUUCUGGGACUCGUGCGUGGAGAAAUCCAACCAUCGAGGAGUUGCAGGAGAGAAGCGAACACUUUAAAGAGCUCGCCAAAAAGAAAGGAUGUGAUGUAGCAGCGCGAGCCUGUGCCGAACGGCUGGCAGAAAUUUGUGCUGCUUGGGAGGCCAACCAGGGGGAAGAAGAUGACAUGGAUCCAUCGGAACAGAACAAAUACUUUGGUAUGCCUGGCCAUUGGCGGGUGACCACCUGCAGUGGGCGCCGCUUUGGUCGCACCCUGAAGGUGGAGGAAGUUGCGGAGCCUGGGACUGCCACUGGAUCUCGGACUGGCAGCCAACGGCCAUCAGCGGAUGCAGAUCGGGUCAGUAAGGACGUCCCUUCAAGCCAUGGGACAGGCAGCCGACCGGGCAGCAAAAUUCCUUCCAAAGAUAUUUCGAGCAAAGAACCUAGCAAGGAUGUGCCAGCGGAAGCUGAAGACGACGAAGAUCUGGAGAGUGAACCGGAGCCUCCAGAGCCACCACCUUCACUUCAGGACAUUCUUGAGGCCGUGUUGGUGGAUGAAGGCAGCAACAUUGAGUACGAACUCGACCCUGUGCCUAUGCUAGUUCAGCGCGAUCCUCACACUGGUAUCACCAGCACGUCCAAUGAGGAGGGAAUGCUGAUCCUGGCAUACCCAGAGGAAGAGUCCAACGUUUGCAUCUUACCUGAUGGCACACGUGUCUCUCAAACUGAAGAUGCUGAAGGCACAGAGGUUGUUGUGGAGAAGGAGGGAGCUGCUCGAGUGACUUGCCAUGUGAAGGACAAGGCCUACGUUCCUCACUCUAUGGUGAAGGUAGAGAUAGAAGAUGGAGCCACCAUGGAGGUUGUUCCACGUAGGUUGAACCUGAAGGCUGAAUUGGUGGCAGCGGAUCCACAGGCCUUUUUGGCAAAGUUGCGCGGCGAGCCCGAGGAGGAUAUCUCCCCUGCCUUGGAGAUUGCCCAACAGCAAAACGCCAUGAGCCAACAUGAAUUCUGUAGAAGCUCAGAUCCUCGAGAGGACAGCUACUCCACCAAUGCCUCGGUGAUUCUGCGGCACGUGGAGGGGACCUUGGUUCACUCCAAGGGAGCUGGUGAAGUGGAGGUGGUCAGUGGAAGGGACAUUGCCGCCAUUGGUUCGGACAACGAGAAGGCCCUCAAGACGUUGCAGGACAAGGGAUGUGUGUACUUGGCCCAAGUGGAUUACGACCGUAUUUACCUUCGCGAUGAUGAUGGCAACCACUUCGAGGUCAAAGGCGACCAAUCCCUGGAUUUCAAGUUGUCAGUGUCCAUGGGCGAUGACUUUGCUUCUCCCAGAUGCGUUGUUCCACAAAAGCCUUUCAAACACCCGGAUGCAUCCUUCUUGCCGUUGCCAGAAGAGGCGCCGCAGCCACGGCUCUUCGUGGUCUGGGGAGAUGGCGAGGCGGAAGAGUUGCUCCUGAGGAGGGACUACGAAGAGGCUAUGCGCUUGGCCCGGAAAGAUCCGAACACGCUGGUGGUGGAAGGGGAGAGGAUGGCCUGGCCCAUGAGCUGCUGCAAGAGUCAUUCUAUCCAUCGGAUCAUGCACAUGGACCCAGUGACUGUUCCAGUAAGGCCCUUGGAGCUGCCUCCGGGCAUUUGUGGCACUGUUGAGCAGCCUGAGAUGAAGAGAACCUUCACUCAGUUUCGGCAGUUCAUCGAGUACCCGGAAAUCAGCGAUCAGAAGCUCAAGGAGUGGGAAAGCGCCUAUGAGGUAUACCGCCAGCAAGAGGAGGAGCAGCGGCUCUUGCAAAACACUCUGGGCGAAGGCUUGAAAAAUGCUCGACGGAGUAUGAAUGCGACCUUACAAGUUGAGCAGCUGGCCAAGUUGAGCCAGGCAGCUGCCAGUGAACCCGAGGCCUCUGAGCAAGCUCGUGACGGGGGUGCUUGA